AAAUGGCGGGGACCCUACGAAUCCUAAACCGGUGUCGGAAACCGCUAAUGGUAAUGACUUCACGGAAACAGAGAUAGAGUCACCCAAUCAGCGGCCUGACUGAGGCCCGAUUCUGUAUAAAAGGGAGCCACUCUUGACGCCAAUCGCCACAAGAACAAAGCGUUGAAUCAUCGUUUGUUUGAUCAUCGACGUUUUCUUGAGUGUUUCGGCUCUGUGAUUCUUCGUUUGGUUUGAUUGAGUGAUUUUUAGAGAAGUAAAGGAUUUUGGGUAAGCUAGCCAUGGCUACUCGCAGGUUGACUCGUGUUCUAAGUAUGAGGGAGAGAGUUGAAGAUACCCUUUCCGCUCAUCGCAACGAGUUGGUUUGCCUUCUUUCCAGGUAUGUGGAGCAAGGGAAAGGAAUUUUGCAACCUCAUCAGUUGCUAGAUGAGUUUGAAAAGGUGAUUGCGGAGGAAGACAGACAAAAGCUCAGUCAGGGGCUCUUUGGAGAUGUUUUGAGAUCUACCCAGGAAGCUAUCGUUCUACCUCCAUGGGUGGCACUAGCUGUUCGCCCCAGGCCUGGGGUCUGGGAAUAUGUUCGUGUUAAUGUACAUGAACUAGUCGUGGAGCAGUUGACUGUACCUGAGUAUCUGCGUUUCAAAGAAGAGCUUGUAGAUGGAAGCUGCCAAGAUAACUUUGUGCUUGAGCUGGACUUUGAGCCCUUCAAUGCAUCAUUUCCUCGUCCUAAUCGUUCAUCAUCCAUAGGCAAUGGUGUACAGUUCCUCAAUCGCCACCUUUCUUCAAAAUUGUUUAAUGAAAGAGAGAGUAUGCAGCCUUUGGUCGAUUUCCUUCGAGCACAUCAUUACAAGGGGAAUGUUAUGAUGCUGAAUGAUAGAAUUCAUAGCUUGUCGGGCCUUCAGUCUGCUUUGGUUAAGGCUGAAGAAUAUUUGUCAAAGAUCCCACCAGAUACACCAUACUCAAGCUUUGAGCACAAAUUCCAAGAAAUGGGUUUGGAGAAGGGGUGGGGCGAUAAAGCGCAGCGUGUUUCAGAGAUGAUUCAUUUACUUCUAGAUAUCCUUCAGGCACCUGAUCCAUCAACCUUGGAGAAGUUUUUGGGCUUGAUUCCUAUGGUCUUUAAUGUUGUAAUUCUUUCUCCUCAUGGAUACUUUGGCCAAGCUAAUGUGCUGGGGUUGCCUGACACUGGAGGGCAGAUUGUUUAUAUUCUGGAUCAAGUUCGUGCUUUGGAGAAUGAAAUGCUUCUCAAAAUAAAGCAGCAAGGUCUUGAUAUCACUCCUCGAAUUCUUGUGGUGACUCGAUUGAUACCUGAAGCAGGAGGAACAACUUGCAACCAACGUUUGGAAAGAAUCAGUGGAACGCAGCACACUCAUAUAUUGCGGGUGCCCUUCAGAACUGAGAAAGGAAUUCUACGUCAUUGGAUCUCACGCUUUGAUGUAUGGCCUUACUUGGAGACUUUUACAGAGGAAGUGGCAAACGAGAUCGCCGCAGAGUUACAGGGGCAGCCAGAUCUCGUCAUUGGCAACUACAGUGAUGGAAACCUUGUGGCUUCUUUGCUGGCGCACAAGCUAGGAGUUACACAGUGCACCAUUGCUCAUGCUUUAGAGAAAACUAAGUAUCCAGAUUCCGAUAUAUAUUGGAGAAAAUUUGAUGAAAAGUACCAUUUUUCGUGCCAAUUUACGGCUGAUCUUAUUGCAAUGAACCAUACUGAUUUCAUUAUCACCAGUACAUACCAGGAGAUUGCAGGAAGCAAAGAUACAGUAGGGCAAUAUGAGAGUCACACUGCCUUCACUCUUCCUGGCCUUUAUCGUGUGGUUCAUGGGAUUGAUGUCUUUGAUCCCAAAUUCAACAUUGUUUCUCCAGGAGCCGACAUGAGCAUCUACUUCCCAUUCACUGAGAAGCAAAAGCGUCUCACUGCUCUCCACCCCUCAAUUGAAGAAAUGCUCUACAGUCCAGUUCAGAAUGACGAGCAUGUUGGUGUUCUCAAUGACCGGAAAAAGCCACUUAUAUUUUCAAUGGCUAGACUUGAUCGUGUCAAGAAUAUAUCGGGGCUGGUCGAGUUAUUUGGGAAGAAUGCAAAGCUUAGGGAGCUUGUUAACCUUGUGGUGGUUGCAGGCUACAUUGAUGUGAAGAAAUCUAGUGAUAGAGAAGAAAUAUCUGAGAUUGAGAAAAUGCAUAACCUCAUGAAGCAAUACAAUUUGAAUGGUGAUUUCCGUUGGAUAUGUUCCCAGACGAAUAGGGUGCGUAAUGGUGAGGUCUACCGUUAUAUAGCAGACACAAGGGGUGCUUUUGUACAGCCUGCUUUCUAUGAAGCUUUUGGGCUUACUGUUGUGGAAGCCAUGACUUGUGGUCUACCCACUUUUGCCACUGUAAAUGGUGGGCCUGCUGAGAUUAUAGUUCAUGGGAGCUCUGGAUUCCAUAUCGACCCCUACCAUGGAGAUAAGGCAGCUGAGCUUAUGGUCGAUUUCUUUGAGAAGUCAAAGAAAAACCCUGCUCAUUGGGAUAGUAUUUCUGAAGGUGGACUACAGCGUAUCUAUGAAUGUUAUACAUGGAAGAUAUACUCUGAGAGGUUGAUGACACUGGCUGGUGUCUAUGGCUUCUGGAAGUUUGUUUCAAAGCUUGAAAGGCGUGAAACUCGUCGUUACUUGGAGAUGUUUUAUAUCCUCAAGUUCCGAGAUCUGGCAAAAUCUGUUCCUCUGGCUAUUGAUGGUCCACUCUAAGCUGAUGGAUUCGGGAGCUUCAUACGAGUCUUGAUGAGCAGGAUUUUGGCUUCUCUUUUCCUUAUUUCUCUGGUGUUUCGCGUAUUUGUUGUGCUGAAUAAAUUGCAUUUGUGGAGCCCUCAGAGGGGUUUGAACCUUGGGUUUUGCUUAAUAUUGUGUAUAAUUUUUGUAUGCUUUAAUAUUUGAAUGUCAAUGAUAAGCUUGUUUUCAGGCAUGGUUGAGUUGUAUGUUGAUUAUACCU